UUUGCAUAUUGAUAUGUAUGAAAGAAGUGAGAGACAGAGAGAAAGAGAGAGAUCAAACGAUGGAGAAAAGGAUAGAGAAGAGAAGGAUAGUGUUACUUCCAAUUCCAGUACAAGGACACAUAACUCCAAUGAUUCAACUCGGUCAAGGCCUUAACACAAAGGGAUUCUUAAUUACAGUUGCUCAUGGAGAAAUCAAUCAAGUAAACCACCUCCCUGGCUUUCAAUUUCUAACCAUACCAGAAAGCUUACCGAUGUCUCAAAUCAAGACAUUAGGACCAGUCGAGUUCCUGAUAAAGCUCAACAAAACCAGCGAGGCAAGCUUCAAGAACUGUAUAGCUCAGCUAUUGCUACAACAAGACAAUGAUAUCGCAUGUAUCAUCUACGACGAGCUCAUGUACUUCUCUGAAGCUGUAGCUAAAGAGUUCAAGAUCCCUAGUGUCAUAUUCACCACUGCCAGUGCUACAAAUCAAGUUUGUGGCUGUGUUUUAAGCAAACUCAACGCCGACAAGUUCUUGAUCGACAUUGAAGAUCCUGAAGUGCAAGACAAGGUAGUGGAAAAUUUACUCCAAUUAAGGUACAAAGACUUACCGACUUCGGGAAUGGGGACACUAGAUCGAUAUUUGGAGAUAUGUAAGGAAGUAUUUAACAGAAGAACAGCUUCAGGUGUUAUCAUCAACACAUCGAGCUGUCUAGAGAGCUCGUCUCUGUCAUGGCUGCAACAAGAACUCGGAGUUCCAGUGUAUCCAUUAGGACCUCUACACAUAACAUCUUCAGCAAACUGUAGUUUACUAGAAGAAGACAAGAGCUGCAUUGAAUGGCUGAACAAGCAGGAACCAAGGUCAGUGAUAUACAUAGGCUUGGGAAGCAAAGCUAAGAUGGAAAGCAAGGAAGUUCUUGAGAUGGCUUGGGGGUUGUUUGAUAGCAACCAACCUUUCUUAUGGGUAAUCAUAGAGUCAUUGCCAGAGGAAGUCAGUAAGAUUGUCUCAGAGAAGGGAUACAUUGUGAAAUGGGCACCACAGAGUGAAGUUCUUGCACAUCCUGCCGUGGGAGGCUUCUGGAGCCAUUGUGGAUGGAACUCAACGCUUGAGAGUAUUGCGGAAGGAGUUCCGAUGAUUUGCAGGCCUUUUACUGGAGAACAGAAGUUAAACGCAAAGUAUAUAGAGAGUGUUUGGAGGACUGGGAUUAAGCUGGAAGGUGAAGUUGAAAGAGGAGGAGUAGAGAGAGCUGUGAAGAGGUUGCUUGUGGAUGAAGAAGGUGCAGGCAUGAGGGAGAGAACACUUGUUCUGAAAGAGAAGCUCAAAGCCUCUGUAAGAAGGGGAGGCUCUUCAUACAACGCAUUGGAUGAGCUAGUUAAGUACUUGAAUACAGAGUGAAGAAGCUGAUGAACUUAAUGUAACAGAGACGAUCAAGCUUGCUUAUUAACCUAAUCUUAUAAAAUUUACCAAGUAAACUUGUUUUUUUUUAAUGCAAAUAAAAAUCAAUUCAUAUAUACGAGUAUCCUUUUACACAGCUUUCUCAUAAUAGAAUGAUCUCUUUUG